AUGGAGGAGUUUCAGUCCUACUUCACGGAUGGCAUUCUGAGCAAGGAGCAGAUGCAGGAGCUGUACUUUUCCAUCGACCGGCAGCGCUCCGACAAUCUGGAUAUUGAUCAGCUCUCAGAGUACUUCAGUCCACACCUGGGGGAGUACGUCAACGUCCUCUCGGCUCUGGAGAAGCUCAACGUGGCCAUUCUGAAAGCCAUGGACAAAACUAAAGAGGAGUACCAGGGCUCGUCGGUGCUGGGGCAGUUUGUGACGCGCUUCCUCCUCAGAGAGACCUCCACUCAGCUCCAGUCUCUGCAGUCGUCCCUGGACUGUGCGGUGGACGCCGUGUUGGACCAGAGCGGCUCCGGGAGGAGGGUGCUGAGGAAACCUGAAGACCUGCCCCUCCCUAAGAGCUCCAAGCGCACAGGGAGACGCAUCCAGAAGAACAUGUGCCUGUCCCCCACUGACCCCUACUCUGGCAUGCUCACUACAGGGGUGAGUGUGGAGCCAGAAAACCCCUGGGGGUCUCAGAUGGAGCGCCUGGAGGAGCUGGUGGACAAACUGGACUGUGAGACACCACAACUGGAACCUCUGCAAGAAGACACAUUAGCCGGAACGUACAAAUCAAACAUGUUGCUGGUUCAGAGACAGAUGUCGGUGAAGGAGAAGGAGGUGGAGCCGUUUCAGGAAGCUCUUAAAAUCUACACAGACGCCACCAGCAACCAACCAGACAACCUGCACAUCUCGGUCCAGAACCUUCCGGACAGAUCCUGCUUCAUCAUGUACGAGUUCUGGCAGGACCGUCUCUCCUGGAUGAGCUACCUGCAGUCCCCCAUCAGUAAGACCUUCCAGCGCUGUGUGAUCGACUCGCUGGAGGAGCCCGAGAUGGUUUCCACGAUGCUGCUGCCAGCUUCUUGGUGGAUCAUGAACAACAACAACUGA